AUAACGCACCACCCAUUCCCAGCUCUCCCAGCUCGCAUAAAUAACCCCACCCCGGCUCAGGGUCGAAGCACUCACUGCACGAUCCCCAGCUCUCCUCUCGACAGAUGGCCAAGGACGUGGAGGCGGCAGCAGGCCACGGCGAGUACGCCGUGAAGGACUACACGGACCCUCCGCCGGCGCCCCUCUUCGACUGGGAGGAGCUGACCAAGUGGUCGCUGUACCGCGCGGCGAUCGCCGAGUUCAUCGCCACCAUGCUCUUCCUGUACGUCACCGUCGCCACGGUCAUCGGGUACAAGCACCAGUCCGACCCCAACGUCAACCCCACCGACGCUGCCUGCAGCGGCGUCGGCAUCCUCGGCAUCGCCUGGGCCUUCGGCGGCAUGAUCUUCAUCCUCGUCUACUGCACCGCCGGCAUCUCCGGUGGCCACAUAAACCCGGCGGUGACGUUUGGGCUGUUCCUGGCACGAAAGGUCUCCCUCAUCCGCGCGCUGCUCUACAUGAUCGCCCAGUGCUUGGGAGCGAUCUGUGGGGUUGGGCUGGUGAAGGGAUUCCAGAAGGCCUUCUUCGUCCGCUACGGCGGCGGCGCCAACGAGCUCAGCGACGGCUACUCCAAGGGCACCGGCCUUGCCGCAGAGAUCAUCGGCACCUUCGUCCUCGUCUACACCGUAUUCUCCGCCACCGACCCCAAGCGCAGCGCCCGCGACUCCCAUGUGCCGGUUCUGGCGCCACUCCCGAUCGGGUUCGCAGUUUUCAUGGUUCACCUCGCCACGAUUCCCAUCACCGGCACUGGCAUCAACCCGGCGAGGAGCUUUGGAGCUGCAGUCAUCUACAACAAGGACAAGGCUUGGGACGACCAGUGGAUAUUCUGGGUGGGGCCUCUCAUCGGUGCCGCCAUUGCCGCAGCUUAUCACCAAUACAUCCUAAGAGCAGGAGCUGUCAAAGCUUUGGGUUCUUUCCGGAGCAAUGCAUGAUCACCUCGUCGAAUGGAAUGAUGGUUGGAGUCCAGUGGUGGCAAAUGCCAUGUAUCAUCUCUCUCUCUCUCUCUCUCUCUCAUCUGUCUUUGUACUACUUCCGUUUUCCAAUCAAAGUGUUGCCACUCGAGUCAUCAAAUCGAAAAGUAAAAAAGGAUUGUUCGUCUUCA